GUGAUGCUGGGGGUAAGCAUUUACUUCAUAUGAAUCGAAAGCUUGAGCCAGGUAGAGCAAAUAUUUGCUGAUAAAAAGUGUGAGCACACAAUAUCGCCCGAUUUGUAUUAUACAGUAAUAGCGACGGCCAAGUCCUGAAGAAGGCUCUAACUGGAGAUUAACAUGAAUGUUCUGGUAGUGUUUGUCCUGAUCUUGACCACCAUAACCUUUGCAACAGGUACAGGGAGCCAGAACAUAUAUGCUUCGAAGAACCCGGUACCGGUGGGCAGCAGCGUCACACUUUUCGGCAAAGACAAUGUCACAACGGGAACAUGGAUCUUUGACAAUAAUUUGAUUGUCUUAAUAUUUCCGGGAAAUGUAAUCAUCUCCAAAAAUUGGAAGAACAGGGUUACAUUCAAUUCAACCACCGUAUCAUUGACUAUAACAUCAGUACAGCUGGAAGACUCUGGAGUAUACACAUUACAAGAUAUUAAUGACUUUAUUGCUCGGUUAACACUGUCAGUCCAAGUGCCUAUUUCCAAUGUGACUCUGACAGCAAGCGCAACCAACCUGGUGGAGUUCAAUGACACAGCAGUGCUCAAAUGCUCUGUGCUCAAUGGCACGUCCCUGUCUUAUGUUUGGAUGAAGGGCAGCUCAGAGGUGGCAGCCGGAGCGGGAGUACAGCUCAGCAAUGGAGGCGCCACUCUCACCAUAGUCAAGGUGACACGCUAUGAUGAGGGGUCGUACAGGUGCAAUGUGUCCAAUGGUGUGAGCAAUGCUCUCAGCCCCCCUGUACAUCUCAACAUCAACUAUGGUCCGAGUAACACAACAAUGACAGUCAUGCCCAUGAGGUCCACCUACAGAACGGGAUCUAACAUCACACUGUCUUGCUCUGCGGAGUCUAGCCCCCCAGCGAUCGUCCAGUGGAUGUUUAAUGGGGUGAACCUAAAUCACCUUGGCCCACAGCUUCAACUGGUUAUGGUUGCAGAAAACAACUCGGGAAUUUACCAAUGCACACUUCACAACACCAUCACGUCCAGGUUCACGAGCCAAAGUGACACGAUCAAGAUUAUGGCACCGAUAGCAGACGUUGUGGUGAAUCACACAGGUGCACCAGCAAUACUUCAUGAGCAGUACACUCUGCAUUGUGAAGUGACUGGUUAUGUUGAUAACAUUCAGUGGUCGAGGAAUGGUCAACCUAUUACUGCUGACAAUACAACAGUCAUUGAUAUGACCAACAGGACACUCCUUCUCAAGCCAGUCCAACUUUCAGAUAAUGGAGAUUAUCGGUGUCAGGCUUCUAAUCCUGUGAGCAACAUGACCAGCAACGCUUACACAGUUAAAGUAAACUAUGGCCCGAUGACACCAGUGAUUGCAGCACCUUCCAUGGCUCUGACAGGACGAAUGGUAACCUUCAACUGCUCAAGUGACUCUUAUCCACCCAGUCAAAUAAGCUGGUACUUCAACGGAUCCCUGCAGGCUACCACGUCAGUAUUUGUAAUUGGACCUCUGACCUUCAAUAUGAGCGGGCAGUACACAUGCGUGGCCUACAACAUCAUCACCCGCAAAAACAGCACCGCUGACAACAUGCUGACUCUUUUGGCUCCAGUGACUAUGGCAUCAAUAAAGAUUGUCGGAGCUCAGCCAAUCAUGAACCAAACAUUCACUCUAACCUGCGAGACAGCUGGAAGUGUGGAGUCAGUUGGCUGGAUGUAUAAUUGGUCCAAGCUGCAUGCUGAUAGCACAAAACACUUCUCAAUGGACAACACAACCCUCACCUUUGAUCCUGUCACAAACGCUGACAAUGGGGACUACAAUUGUGUGGCUAACAACACACUCAGCAGCUAUGUCGGUCCCAUCUUCUCCUUGGACGUUUUCUAUGGACCGCACAAGCCAACUAUCAUGGGACCAAGUUAUGCAGGAGCUGAAGACAAUGCCCCUUUCAGCUGCUACGCAUCAUCAAACCCUCCCAGCUCCUACACAUGGUUUUUCAAUGAUUCUGUAGUGUCCAAUACCUCUAAGUAUGUCUCCCCUCCUCUUACCGAAGACAUGAGCGGGAAUUACACAUGCAUGGCCUACAACAACAUCACCGGGAAACACAGCACUGCAUACAAGAUGCUCACUGUUUUGGCUCGAGUGACUUUAACGAAAAUCAAGAUUGUUGGAGCUCAGCCAAUCAUGAACCACACUUUCACUCUAACCUGUGAGUCAGCUGGAAGUGUGGAGUCAGUUGUCUGGAUGUACAAUUGGUCCCCAUUGUAUGCCGACAAUAGAAGAAACUUCUCAAUGGACAACACCACCCUCACCUUUGAUCCUGUCUUAAACUCUGACAAUGGGGACUAUCAGUGCAUAGCAUCCAACCCAUUCAGUAGGAAUUACAGUCAAAUCUUCAUACUGGAUAUUUCCUAUGGACCAAAAAUGCCAACUAUCAUGGGACCAAACACCAGUAAGAGAGGAGACAACACCACAUUCAGCUGCUACGCCUCAUCAAACCCUCCCUGCUCCUAUCAAUGGUUCCUCAACGGUUCUGUAGUGUCCAAUACGUCUGAGUACGUCGCACCUCCUCUUACUGAAGAAUCGAGUAUGAUAUACACGUGCGUGGCCUACAACAACAUCACCGGCAUGAGCAGCACUGCAUACAAGAUGCUCACUGUUUUUGAUGCAAUUGAAAAUGUACAAGUAGAAGCACCGAUCAAUCCUGCCAUAGAAGGUCAUUUUUAUGACCUCACGUGCAAUGUGAGUGGAACUGCUGUGCAUUAUUACUGGAUGAAAGACGGUGAGCCUCUGCAUGAAGACAACAGAACAGUUUUCCACAUGAAUAACAAGGUGGUCACUUUCAACCCGCUUGAACGAAAUGAUACUGGACUGUAUCAGUGUGUGGCUCUGAAUCCUUUUUGGAACAUGACCAGCCCUUCUCACAUGCUUCUUAUGAACUAUGGACCAGAAACACCCGUGAUUGAUGGUCCAGCUUUUGCUGAGACAGGAAACUCGGCUGUCUUCACUUGCUCUGCCUUAUCAGUGCCUCCUAGUCAUUACAGCUGGUGGUUCAAUGGCUCCAACGUGGCCAAUUCUUCUAUGUUCACAACUCACCCUUUGUCUUUUAAUAUGAGUGGAGAAUACACCUGCAUGGCCUACAAUGAUGUGACGGAAAACAACAGCACUAACUCCAAGAUGCUCACUGUCAUUGAGGCAAUAACGUCAGUGAUGAUCCGAAACACCACAGUUCCAAUAAACACUAAGAUCUUCACUCUCACCUGUGAAGUUUCUGGGCCUUAUGAAAUGAUCUACUGGAUGAAGGACAACGUGCACCUCAACAUGACUCAAUCCACUGAAAACCCACUCAUGUUGUACCACAUUAAGAACAACGAGCUGCACUUCUAUCCGGUGAAUCAGAUGAGUGACGGGACUUAUGAGUGUGUAGCUAUCAAUCAGGCUGGUCAACACAGAAGCCCCAAAUAUAUGCUCCUGGUGAACUACGGCCCUCUGAAUGUGAUGAUCUCCGGUCCAGAAUAUGCGAAGGUUGGCAGCUCCGUCUCCUUGACGUGCUCCGCUGUAUCACAACCAGAGUGUGACUUCCACUGGUUCAUUACCAAACUGUCAUUACCGGAUGUGCAGGCCGGCCCUGUUAUCACUUUCUCUGUGACCAAGGAGAAUGAGGGGAUCUACAUAUGCAAGGCGAAGAAUCCUGUGACCGAUAUCGAAAUAGUCCAGUAUAAAACAUUCAAGGUCAUUGGUCACGCCACCGCCCUCCACUUCCAUUCCCAAGGCGUUCUGAUGCUGAUGGGGGUGUUUGCUUUAUCUUUCUCUGUGCUGUUCAACUGAGUCCUGCACAUUUUGUUCAAUUGCACCCUCUACAGUCUUAACAUGAACAGUCAUGUUAUAAAAUGUAUGGAAAUUUACUGUGUAGUCAAUAAUGUGAUUUUAAUGUCAUCAGUUCUUGUGUCUUGUUGUUUGAAAGGCACAGAUGAUUUGGAAAGCGUGACUGACUUUAUUUAUGAAGUGCCAUUCAUACGCAUUGACAUUUUAAGGGGAAAUCAUAUAAAUAUUGUUUUGGUUUUUUUUGUAAAAUGUAUCGUUGUGAGUGGGUAAAGGUAGGUGUGUUAUUGUGGUGGUGUUUAUUGUUACAGCUCUUUAUUAUAAUUCAAUACAUGGCCCAAAUGAACAUCAUACUACCUGCAUUCUUCACUUUUAACACCUGCAGUUUUUAGUGUUAUGAUACAUUUCAAUCAAAGUUAAAUAUAGAUCUCAUCAUGCUUUAAUUCAUUGAUCAUUCCUAAACAAUAAAAAAUCAACACAAUCAGAA